GUGGAGCCUCGAUUUCAUUUAACACAUGGCGGCCAUAAUUGGGCGGUAGCGCGAUAGCGAAGUACGUACGGUUUGUGCCUGGCGGUGACAAUUUUCGUGAAUAACUUGAAAUCUGAGGAAAUAUUUGAAAAGUUUGACUUUAUUAGCCGAGUUACAGUGAUAGAGCACGAUGCCUGCAGUGAAGGGAGAUGGAAUGAGAGGACUGGCUGUCUUCAUUUCCGAUAUAAGAAACUGCAAAAGCAAAGAGGCAGAAAUAAAGAGAAUAAACAAAGAACUAGCAAAUAUCAGAUCCAAGUUUAAAGGUGAUAAGACUCUGGAUGGUUACCAGAAGAAGAAAUAUGUUUGCAAAUUGCUCUUUAUCUUUCUUCUCGGCCAUGACAUCGACUUUGGACACAUGGAAGCUGUUAACCUGCUCAGCUCCAACAAAUACACAGAAAAACAAAUCGGAUACCUAUUCAUAUCUGUACUUGUUAGUGAGAGCAGUGACCUGAUGCGUCUCGUCAUCCAGAACAUCAAGAAUGAUUUGAACAGCCGUACACCUGCCCACAUCAACCUAGCUCUUCACUGUAUCGCAAAUAUAGGCAGCAAGGAAAUGUCAGAAGAACUGGGCAAGGAGGUUCCCAAGUUGCUGGUUUCCCCUGAUACAAUUGAUGAGGUAAAACAGAGUGCAUCACUUUGCCUGUUGCGGUUGUAUCGCACAUCUCCAUCAUCUGUCCCAGUAGGAGAGUGGGCGUCACGAGUUAUUCACCUUCUCAACGACCAACACAUGGGUGUUGUGACUGCAGCAACUAGCCUGAUUCAUGAUUUAGUGCAGGCAAACCCAGAAGACUUUAAAGGAUGUAUUUCAUUGGCUGUUUCUAGACUCAGUAGGAUUGUGACGUCAUCGUACACAGAUCUUCAGGAUUAUACAUAUUAUUUCGUGCCUGCACCUUGGCUGUCGGUCAAACUUCUGCGAUUACUUCAAUGCUUUGGACCGCCAGACGACCCAGCGGUUAGAGGUCGUCUGAACGAGUGUAUGGAAACAAUUCUCAACAAAGCACAGGAGCCACCUAAGUCUAAGAAGGUUCAACAUUCCAACUCUAAGAACGCUGUUCUGUUUGAAGCGAUUAGCCUGAUUAUACACCACGAUAGUGAGCCUAACUUGUUGGUGAGGGCGUGCAAUCAACUUGGGCAGUUCUUACAGCAUAGAGAAACCAACUUAAGGUACCUUGCACUGGAGAGUAUGUGUCUAUUAGCAUCAUCAGAGUUCUCACGUGAGGCAGUCAAGAAACAUCAAGAAACAGUAGUAACUGCUUUGAAGACCGAACGUGACGUGAGUGUACGACAACGAGCAGUGGAUCUACUGUAUGCUAUGUGCGAUAAAACAAAUGCAGAGGAAAUUGUUGCAGAGAUGUUGAAUUACUUGGAAAGUGCUGAUUACUCUAUCAGGGAAGAAAUGGUAUUGAAGGUAGCCAUUCUAGCCGAGAAGUUUGCAGUUGAUUACACCUGGUACGUGGACACCAUUUUGAAUCUGAUUCGCAUAGCAGGUGACUAUGUCAGCGAAGAAGUGUGGUACCGCGUCAUUCAAAUUGUCAUAAACAGAGAUGAUGUCCAGGGAUAUGCAGCAAAAACAUGCUUUGAGGCUCUGCAGGCUCCAGCUUGCCAUGAAAACAUGGUCAAAGUAGGCGGCUAUAUCCUUGGUGAAUUCGGUAACCUUAUUGCUGGAGAUCCUAGAUCAAGUCCUCAAGUUCAGUUUGAGCUCCUUCAUUCCAAAUUCCAUUUGUGCAGUGCUCCAACCCGGGGAUUACUGCUCUCUACCUAUAUCAAGUUUAUUAACCUGUUUCCAGAGAUAAAACACACAAUUCAAGAGGUUCUGCAAACGGACAACCAGCUAAGAAAUGCAGAUGCAGAACUACAACAACGUGCUGUGGAGUACCUGCAUUUGUCAAAUAGGACAAGUACAGAGGUUCUGGCCACAGUUCUUGAAGAAAUGCCACCGUUCCCGGAAAGGGAAUCGUCUUUACUUGCCAAAUUGAAGAAGAAAAAACCCUUGGGAUUCCAAGAGGAAGAAAAGGCCAAGACAAAAGCCAUGCCUGGAGUGUCAAUCAACAACGUAGGAGGCGAGAGCAGCACAGAUGAUGUGCCACCACCGUCUCAAACGUUGCCAAGCGCACCGGCACCAUCAGUUGACCUUCUUGGUUUGGAUGCGCAACCAGCAAGUUUUUCUGCACCGCCCGCAACCAAUAACUCUUCUUUACUUGUCGACAUGUUUGGUGGUGCUCCGUCUGCUCCUCCCCCAAACUCUGUGUCUAUUGGCGAUCCAAACACUUUGUCCCCUGGUGCUGAAGAAAAUUUCAACAAAUUUAUCUGCAAGAACAAUGGUGUACUUUUUGAAAAUGAGCUUCUUCAGAUCGGUGUGAAGUCGGAAUAUCGAAUGAACCUUGGGAGAGUAGGGCUAUUCUUUGGUAAUAAGACAUCCUACCAGUUCACAAACUUUACCACACAGGUGACCUGUCCGGCAGAUCUGGCCUCGAAAAUUGCCGUCCAAACAGAUUCAGUUGGUGAUACAAUUGAGUGUGGCGCUCAAGUUCAACAGAUGAUUAAUGUGGAAUGCAUUGAAGAUUUCUCAGAGGCACCCAGGAUUAACAUUUCAUUUGUCUACGGUGGCGCUAAGCAGUUUGUGAAUCUGAAGGCUCCUAUUAUGGUUUCUAAAUUCUUCCAGCCGGCUGAGAUGGGCUCUUCUGAUUUCUUCUCCAGAUGGAAACAGCUUAAUCACCCAGCGCAAGAAGCACAGAAUAUUUUCAAGGCCGCCCUUCCAAUGGACAGACAGGCAAAUAAUACAAAGCUUGUCGGCUUUGGAAUGGGAUUGUUGGAAAAUGUUGACCCCAACCCGGAUAACUUUGUCUGCUCUGGAAUUCUACAAACAAGAAACCUACAAAUUGGUUGCCUCAUGCGACUGGAACCAAAUGCACAGGCCCAGAUGUAUCGUCUUACUUUAAGAACCAGUCAAGAGAGUGUAUCAAAGGAAUUGUGUCGGUUGUUAUCGACACAGUUUUGAUCAACACCACUCCUCACCAGUUGUUAAUACCACUUGCACCUGGAUCAAUAUUGCACUUGUUUUUCAUUCUAAAUAACUCUUGCAAUAGUAUUCGUGACAUAUUCUUUCAUAACUAUCGUAUUAGUUACUCCAAUAUAAGAAGAAAGGUACGUACAAUAUGUGAAUUUAUGCGAGAGUUACAAUAACAAUCUAAGGACAAAACACAUAUUGAGUGAAUUACAAAAUAGGGUGAAAAUACAUGUUAUUUUAUGUGUAGAAUGUUUUAAAACCUAAUUGGUGUUGUAUUUGACUGUUAAGAAUAGUCUGUAGUGUAUGUGUUUCUAGUACAAGAUAGAUAAAAGUAUAUUUUCUCCACAGAUAUAAGAUUAAUACAGUACCUUGUAUAUACAUUUAAUCAUCUCAGUAAAUCCCCAGUGGUACUGUUAAGGCUCCAAAUUUUCUGGAACGUUUGUGAUAUAUUCUCAAAUCCCUUUUGCUGAUACAUGAUUAAUUGUGAUGAUCUCAAUACCAAUUCAUAAUUCAUAUUAUCCAGUUAAGCUACGUAAAAAUCUGUCUUAAUUACCGUGUUCUUAAUCUACUGAUCUUGAUGCAUAAACUACUGUAUGCUCAAUAGAAACAUGAGAAAUAUAUGUAAGCCCUAUAGUACUUAGUUAAUCUUAAUUAUACCUAUUUAAUCUCCCUUAUACAUAGUUAAUCUUUAUUAUACCUAGUUAAUUUCCAUUAUAGCUAGUUAAUCUCCAUUAUUAUACCUAGUUAAUCACUAAGCAUUAGAUUUACGUAUCUUUACUAAUGUUUUAGUGGUUAAUAAUGAUAAAACUAGGUUAUCUUUAAUAUGGUUUGUCUUAAUGGUACUUAAUUAAUCUCCAUAAUAUCUGGAGAAUAGCAGUAGAAUCUGCUUAAUCCUUUAUAUUUCCAACAACCAUUUCUCAUCCAAUAAUUUUGAGCAUAUUGGUCUAAAUAAUAAAGCAGUUUUUAUAUAGCACAUCAUGAAAAUAAGGCUAAAACCUAAUGGAACACAUACACAAAUCCCUGGUGGAGAAUUUCAUAUAAUUGCUGAUAUUAUUCAGCUUAAUGGCAUUCGGUCCUAGCUGGUACACACAAGGUAACCACCAUGUACCACUUAUUAAUCGAGGUGGAGAGAUGGCUGUAAAGUGCCUUGCCCAAAGACAAACACAAUUGACAGUGCAGUUUGACCUUUGACCGCAAGCUUGAAAGGCUGAAUCACAACCACUGUGCCAACUGCCCUAUUGGUAUUGGAUUACAAAUUUGUGUAUAACCAUAUAUAUACAAUUUGGCCAAAUCUAUAUAUCCAGAGAACGUAGAACGUCCGGUAGGACGGUCACUCAUGAUUGAUUGCAUUUUAGCAUCACAUCGUCGCGCAAAUCGAAAGCGCCCUAAUAAUACAAUACCAAUGAUCAAACAAAGACAUUGAAAGGAGCAGAAAUGUCUAGAGAAAUUUGUGAAGUGCAUACUUUUAUUUAUUUUCCGAAUGUUUGUUUUCCAUUUUGAAGCAAUUUGGAUAUUGUUUCUUCCACAAAAUUUAAAAGAAGGAAAGUAUAAAGAGUUGUGAAGACAUUAAAUGAACUGAGAUUCAAUGAAUUUGUGAGGGGGAUUCAAAUGAUGGUGUUAAAAUUGUAAAAUAAGAAAUAAUGGAUUUGUAUAUGAAAAAUAUCAAUUUAAAAAGCAUAAAUAGAAAAAAAAAUGUAAAAAAAGAGCAAUGUUGUAUUUCAGUGAUAUGUCAUGGUAUGUUUGUUUUUUUUUUUUAUAUUUUUGAUUUUAUUCCAAUGAAUUAUUAAAUGCAUUCUGAAUGAACAAUCCCAAAUUGUUCUGAAUAAUGCUAAAGAAAUUCCAAAUUAAAUUGAUAACUUAAAUUUUAACCAAAAAAAAUAAAACAAAUUAUGAUUGAUGACAGCCAAAGCAUGUUUAUAAUAGAAAUAUCAUUUCUCUGCUAAGUGUUGCUAAGACUAACAAUCACACUAUUGCCCUUGUUAAAUUAGCGCAACAUAUUUUCAUAGUUAAGAUUCAAAUUUAGUUGAAUGUGUAUUUUUAUUCUACAUAGACCUUUCAUUUUUUGUGUUUAAAACUAAAAAUGUCAAAUUAAUAUAUGGAUAUUGAUGGAAGGAGGAUAAAUGUUAAUUUUAUACCCAUUCCAGAAAAGAACAAUGUUUACAUUAGAUAUUUUUGGUCCAAAUAUUGAUAUAAAAAUAGGAAUAUUAUUAUUUUUAUUGAUAUUAUGAUAUGAAGCAAUUUACACAGUAUAGUAAACUCAGCUUUUCUUUAUUUUAUGUAUUUGUAGAAGUAGGCAGAAGAGGCUAGAUAUGUAAAUAACACUCUUUCUAAGAAAUUUUAAACAAACAACGUUUGUGUAUUCGUGUUCCAUCGUAAAAUACAUGUAAAAGAUGAUGAGGGUCAAACAUUGAUUAUUAUUGUUAUUAUUACUAUUAUUCAUAUCAAUAUAAAAUAGCUGUUAUUUUUUAUUAAUAUUGUUAUUAUAAUUAAGAUUGUUAUCAGUAUAAGAAUUAUAUUAUUACUCAUGAUUCUUCAUGUUGAAUUUAUUCAUGUUUUUAUAAGUUGAUGCAAAAUUAUUUUAUUGUAUAAAGAACAUAAUGUGAUGUUGAAUACAGUAUGUUAAAAAAUAUUGGUUGAGGCCUAUUUAUGGCACUGGAGCAUAGUAUGUAAUCUUAAGUAUACCUUGUGCUACUACAGAUAAGUGCGAUUUAAAGAUUUACAUUCACUGAGCUGACACAGAAAACCGUUAUAUUAUGUAACGACAGCAGCUCAUAUGCCAUUGACAGUGCGUAGUUUGUUUACUGCUAAUCAUAUUACUACGCAUAGGCCCACAUAUAUAAUUUAAAGUGACAACAAAUACUGGAAUGGUCAACUGAAAAUAAAGUAUAAAAUUUAAUUACUGGAUAUGAUAAUAUGGGAUGUUUAUAUUAUUUUUCUUAAUUACAUGAUAAAAGAUAAUGAUAGAUAUAUUAAAUGGACUGAUCCCUAUCCACACCUGAUGUUACCUACAGCUUAUCUGGCUUUGAUUGAUACACUCAACUGCACGGUCGUUGAGCCUGGAGAUGUCGUUGGUUAAUGUACCAAACUUUAUGAUGUAAUAAAACAAAGAGUAUCCCAACAUUCAGUA